GUCCGCAGCACCCCUCCUCCCGCUGCAAACUACCGGCGUGACCCGUUCUCUUUGGCAGGAUUUAUAUGGGAAUUAAACAGUUAAUUUUCUGCUCCGCCCCCUGCUUGGCUGGCGUUUAGAAAAUCAGAGACACGAGACUUUAAGUGGUCCUGGAUACAUUCAGACUCGUAUCGGUUGACCAGCGGCAGAGUCCAAACGCCCUCCCUGCUUUGAGUCCCCUGCCCUGAGGCACUGUGCGAGCCUCCGACCGGGGAGACGUCUGUUUGUGCAAGCUGCCCUCGUGUCGCUUUGGUGCUGCUGGACGAUGUCGGGGUCCGGUUCGGUUCGGGUUCUGGUCGAUAUGGACGGGGUCCUGGCAGAUUUCGAGGGCGCAUUGCUGCGAAAGUACCGUGAACGCUACCCAGGAGAACCUUUUAUUGAGCUGAGCGAAAGAAGAGGCUUCUUGGCCCGGGAUCAAUACAGACAGAUCAGUCCGGAGCUGGGGCCCAAGCUAUCGAGUGUCUACGAGUCACCGGGCUUCUUCCUGGAUCUUAAGCCAAUCUCAGGAGCCAUUGAAGCCAUGAAGGAGAUGAGCAACCUGAGAAACACAGAAGUGUUUCUCUGCACCAGCCCGAUCCUGCAGUAUGAACACUGUGUCCAGGAGAAGUUUUUGUGGGUGGAAAAGCAUCUUGGUGCAGAGUUUGUGCAGCGGCUGAUUUUGACGCGGGACAAGACCAUAGUGCAUGCUGACCUGCUGAUUGAUGAUAAGGAUAGUAUCAAGGGGGUGCAGGCCUCACCCAGCUGGGAGCACAUCCUCUUCACCUGCUGCCACAACCAGCACCUGCAGCUUCAGCCCCCCCAGCGCAGACUCCAGUCCUGGGCCGAUGACUGGAGAGCCAUCCUGGACAGCAAGAGGAGGCCAAAUUAAGAGUAGCCACUGUAAACAUCAGCACUGAGAAGAGAGACAUAGAGGAGCCACUGUAAACAUCAGCACCCAGCAUUGAGGAGAGAGACAGAGAGGAGCCACUGGAAACAUCAGCACACAGCAUUGAGGAGAGAGACAGAGAGGAGCCACUGGAAACUUCAGCACCCAGCAUUGAAGAGAGAGACAGAGUGAAGCCACUGGUUAGGUAUAUGCUACAGGCAGGACAGACAGUUGUAUCACACAAGUAAAUAACUUUACACUCAGGGAAAAGGAGGAGUGGAACUUGUAUUUAUAGCACCUUUCCUCCACACAAAGAGUUGAAGCAUAGAGUAAAAGACAAGUACAUCAAAUUGUCACUUUGGAAAUAAGAUACAAUUACCUCCUCAAGAAACUAGAGAUUCUCAGAGUAACCAGCUUCUGUGUCAUUGGAGUAGCGGUUUUCUUACUAUUUUACGUAUUUGCAAUCAUGGGUUCUGUCGCUCCAAUAUUGCGUUUGAAUAUUUUUCUCAAAAUGUGCCUAUAGCAGACUUUGAGGUUCCUGCUAGUGCCCGGCGCUUAGGAUUCUCCUGACAUGCUCAAACCAGGUAAGAGUGAACCCGAGCGGUGGAUCCCAUAAGCACUCGGAGUGAUUGCAAGCACCAUACAAUGAAACUGAAACACUGACACUGAAACAAACACUUGUUACUCUUUGAUUCUUUUUUAGAUUAGUGCUCCAGGGUCGUCCUUUAUCUGUUUUAAUUGUGCGACAUGUUUGCACAAAACUGUAACACAAAAUGAAAUGGUCUCUAUUGUACUUGACCCUUGAGUGGAGUCUAUUUAAACAACACGGCAAAUGUCUUUUUUUCAUGUGAAGUCACUCACUGUUUGGUUAGCUAUUGUAUCUGAAUAAAAGUUUAUUUUAAAAUGUG